GCCACCGCCAGUCUCUACGGGCUUAUGCGCCUUCUUGUCCUUCUGCGCUCAUGUCCCCGACCGACCUUUUAUAGCAUACGUUCGCUAAGGCUUCCCGGUCAUUACGUCCUUCCUUUAGGCGUCAGGCGUACUUAUAUGUCUCUUGUUGAACAUUCAAAACAUUUCCCUUCGCACGCCAUGUCGACGUCCACGAUGCAGGACAUGCAAUUCAACGCAAACGCAAAUGUCUCUUUAGAGGAAGACGAGAAGAACUGGACGAGUGUACCUGCACAAGGCAGCACGCCUGCUUAUCACGUUUAUAGCGUGCCGAUCCAAAAGAGUCCAGCAGACGACCGUGACUACCGUGUUGUGCGCCUUGAAAAUGGACUCCAGGCUGUGUUGGUGCACGAUGCAAAGACGGAUAAGGCUGCUGCAAGUCUGGAUGUUGCUGUCGGGCAUCUUAGCGAUCCCGAUGAUAUUCCCGGUCUAGCUCACUUCUGUGAGCAUCUCUUGUUCAUGGGAACUGAGCAGUUUCCGAAGGAGAACGAGUACUACGAAUACCUCACGAAGAACAGUGGCUAUGCCAAUGCCUUCACCGGCGCCACCAACACCAAUUACUUCUUCUCGGUCGCGUCAAAUGCUUUUGAAGGAGCGUUGGAGCGUUUCUCUGGCUUCUUUCAUUCUCCCCUGUUUUCGCCGUCUUGCACGCUUCGCGAGCUCAACGCAGUCGAUUCGGAGAACAAGAAGAACCUUCAGAGUGAUAUGUGGCGAAUAUUCCAGUUGAACAAGCACCUUACCCGACCCGGUCACCCGUGGAAGAAAUUUGGUACAGGAAACAAAGCCACGCUUACCGAAGCUGCACGGACGCUCAAACCGCGUUCUGGUAAUUUACCUGCGGAUAAACCCUCGAUAAGUGAUCUAGUAAAUGGGAACGGAAGUGUCAGCGCGGUACCUUCACCGAUACCUAGUCGUAUGGCUUCUCCAGCACCUUCAGUAAAUUCAACAAACAGUGAGAACGAUGCUGAUGGAGGCAGCGUCGGAAGGGAGACAAGGCGUCGUCUGAUCGAAUGGUGGAGCAAAGAAUACUGCGCAAGUCGGAUGAGUCUGACGGUCAUUGGGAAGGAAUCUCUUGAUGAGCUUGCUCAUAUGGCUGCGGUGAUGUUCGCGCCAAUUAAAAAUCGUGGACAAGACCCCGCCCCUCUCAUUUUGGAACACCCGUUCGGGAAAGACGAGCGUGGUUCUAUUAUCCACGUCAAGACGAUCAUGGACUUCUACGCAUUUGAAUUGUCGUUCCCUCUGCCUUAUCAAGCUCCUUUCUGGGAUGUGAAACCAGGCAAUUAUCUAUCGCAUUAUGUCGGACAUGAGGGCCCUGGAUCUCUACAUUCAUAUCUUAAGAAUAAAGGCUGGAUUACCGCGCUGGAAGCAGGACCGCAGCGUCUAGGACGUGGAUUUGAGAUGUUCAAGAUAACCGUUCAUCUGACGAAGGAUGGUUUUCAGAACUACCGCGAAGCUCUCAAAGCGUGCUAUAAAUACAUUAAUCUCCUAAGAGACUCUGAGCUGCCUGCAUGGUCACAGAGUGAGAUCCAAGCACUCGCUGCUUUGCAUUUCCGCUUCGAAGAAAAGCAGGCACGCCCAGAGAAUUAUGCAUCACGGAUUUCCGGCAGCAUGAAGCUACCUCUUCCACGUUCUCUCAUACUUAGUGGACCAAAACUGACGUGGGACUGGGAUGAACAGCUUGUACGAGAUACACUUUCUGAGCUGACUGUCGAGAACGGUCGUGUUGUGGUUAUGGCGAAGGAUCACAGUACGAUAGGCAACCAAGGACCUUGGACCGCAGAGCCCUGGUACGGAACGGAGUACACUGUCGAUAGAUUAGACGACGAAAUUACUUCUGCAGCUCGCGCCCCGAAUGACAUCCCUGAAAUUUAUCUGCCCGGACCGAACGAGUUCAUUCCGAGCGACGUUGAUAUUGACAAAUUCGAUGUUCCUAACCCACUUAAGCGACCUUCCCUCGUCCUUUAUACUCCUCUUAUGGAUGUCUGGCACAAGAAAGAUGAUCAGUUCUGGGUCCCUCGAGCGCAUGUAAUGAUAGAAGCGCGAACACCGUUUGCCAACGCCUCUGCACGUGCAUCCGUUAUGACCCGCCUUUAUGCAGAUCUUGUGAAAGAUUCCCUUACGGAAUUCUCAUACGAUGCAAGCCUCGCUGGCCUUGACUACACUUUCGGAUCAACCAUUCUCGGACUAUAUAUUAAUCUCAGUGGUUAUAAUGAUAAACUGCAUGUUCUUGCUCAGCACGUCCUCGAAAAGGCCAAGAGCCUAGAGAUCAGAGAAGACCGAUUGGCCGUCAUGAAGGAAAAAGCCAAGCGGGAGUGGGAGAACUUCUUCCUCGGACAGAGUUGGAACCUGUCUGAGUAUUAUGGGAGAUAUCUCCUUUCGGCUUAUCAAUUUACCUAUACAGAGAAGCUCGCAGAGAUAGAAGGGAUCACCGUUGGGGAACUCCAGGAACACGUCCAGAAACUCCUAUCACAAUUCAAAUACCUAGUUUUAGUUAAUGGAAAUCUUCGGAAGGAGAACGCCACCCGCAUCGCAUCGAUGGCGAAGGACAUUCUCAGUUCUGAACACGUUCCCGAAGAGAACGUUCCUUGCGAGCGCUCGCGUCUCUUGCCUAAACCUUGUAACUAUGUCUGGGAGCUUCCUGUUCCGAAUCCCGGCGAAGUGAACUCCAGUAACUCUUAUUACUGCCACGUCGGCAGUAUCUCAGAUGCUCGGCUUCGAACAACAUUCAGGUUAAUGGUGCAGAUCUUCUCGGAACCUGCAUUCAACAUUUUGCGCACAAAGGAACAGCUUGGAUACAUUGUCUUUUGCUCUGCUUGGCAGUACAUAGAAUUGCUCGGGUUGCGAAUAGUCGUCCAGUCGGAGAAGGAUCCUAAAUACGUGGAGACGCGCAUUGAAGCAUUCCUAGAGCACAUGCGCGAAGUUCUCGAAACGAUGGAUGAUGCGCAAUUUCAAGAGCACAAGAGAAGUCUCGUGCAGCAAUGGACGGAGAAGCUGAAGAACCUGCCAGAAGAGACAGCUCGUUUUUGGAAUCAAAUUGAGUCCGGAUAUCUCGACUUCAUGCGUCGUGAACGUGAUGCCGAGCUUAUUGCGAAUGUGACGAAAGACGAAGUUAUUUCCAUGUACAAGGAGUUCGUUGAUCCUGCCUCGCCAAACCGGUCGAAAUUGUCUAUACAUAUGCGGCCUCAGAAGCCUCCUGCGAUCAAGUUUAGCCAACAAGCUGCAGAGGAGUUCCUUGCCACUUUGCGCAAGGCAAAUGUCUUUGUUGACCAAGAAGAGUAUAAUUCGGUAACGGGAGAUGAACCGCCCGCAGCAAAAGUAAAAGCAUACUGGGAAAGCACGCUUCGCGAGCAGCCGAACGUCAAAGCGGAAGACCUUCUAGCGGAAUUUGACGAACUUGUUCGGAAACAUCCCGCAACUGGACAGGGCCCGGUUGAGCUCAGCCCAGACGUUGUAUCCAUCUCGGAUGGAGCAGCAUUCCGGAACAAACUCGUGCUUUCUGAGCCCGCGAAACCAGUGGGCGAGGAGCAUGAAGUGCAGUCGUCAAGAUUCUGAGCGGUGACUCUGGUCCGCUAAGCCUUGAUCGGUAUUGUCAAGCCCAGCGGGCCGCUCAACGACAUCCGGUGGCUGCUCGAACGUUGCUGUGCACGAUGCGCAAAGACCCGACUCGGUGUUAGGAACAUACGCGCACAUUACAAUCCGUGUACACCCGUUUGUCCUUAUUCCCAUAUUUUAACCCUUGCUUUGUAUUAUCGCUCAAGAAGCAUUGCAUUAUGCGCUGCACAUGUUGAUAAUGGAUAUUGCCCUACGAUAUUAAUCCUUUUUUGCUGUACAUUGUCGACAGGCACACGACUUAAUUUAUAUAAAACGUUUUAGCAUCGC